AUGCAGCGCAUGUGGAGAGACAAGCUGCAUUGGGAUGAAAGUCUUCCUCAGCCACUGGAAUCGGCUUGGACUGAGUUUUGCAAGGACUUCGCUACUGUGGGUAACGCUACAUUUCCGCGUUAUAUACUUCAACCUAAGGCAAGGUUUGAGUUGCAUGCCUUUUGUGAUGCCAGCCUCCAGGCCUAUGGGGCUUGUAUCUACGCUCGUUCGUUUAGGGAUACCGCCGAUGAGGUACAUUUGCUUUGCUCGAAGGCUAGAGUUGCACCAUUGAAAACCCUCACGGUGCCUAAGCUUGAGCUAUGUGCAGCGUUCCUGUUAGCCAAUUUACUUCGCGAAAUUAGGAAAAUCGAUACCUUCGACUGCCCGAUCCAUUGCUGGUCGGAUUCAACUGUGGUACUGUCUUGGUUGCGAGAGGAACCAUCCAAAUUCAACGUGUUUGUGUCUAACAAGAUUUCCGCAAUACAGCAACUUACGAGGGGCAUGGAUUGGCGCUAUGUACCAACUGAAAUGAACCCGGCUGACAUUCUUUCAAAGGGAGCAGCGCCUCAGGAGCUCUUGCAGUCUAGGUUGUGGAUGAAUGGACCUUCUUUCUUGCAAGGCGAAAGAAGUAACUGGCCUGAACGUUGUUCGCCCGAACUCAGUCUUCCGGAAAUUAGGCAUCGAGUAUUGCUGUCGUCUGAGCGUGUCGACAUCUCGCUUUCGUUUAAGCACAUUAACUCAUUCGGAGUCAUGAUGCGCAUUUUCGGAUAUGUUCAUAAGUUCGUCAGCAAGAAAAGGUCACUUGAUCUCUCGUCUGAAGACCUUCGCAAAGGAUCGCACUUGUUGUGUCGCAUCGUUCAACGCGCCCACCUUCAUCCCGAGUACCGUGCUCUGCGGAAGGGGAACUGUGUGGAGUCCUCCAGCAGCAUUAUAUCUCUCUCGCCUUUCAUAGAUGACGUUGGUUUGAUUCGUGUUGGUGGUCGCUUGCGGCACUCAACUCUUGGCUUCGAUGCACGCCACCCAAUAAUUUUGCCCAGGGAUCAUCCAUUGACGUUCGCCAUCAUCAUGCACUUUCAUCGGAAGCAUCACCAUGCUGGGCCGCAGUCUCUACUGGGAUCUAUUCGCUUGCAGUUCUGGCCCAUCGGCGGCAUGAAAACUGUUGCUCGAGCGUUGCGGAAAUGCAUCAUCUGCUGCAGGUCCAGACCUCGUCUUGUGGAACACAUAAUGGCUGACCUACCGAAGGAUCGAGUGCAGGAUUCGCCUGCAUUCAGCGUCACUGGAAUCGAUUACUGUGGUCCCUUCUAUUACAAGCCAGAUGGCCGCACUCGAACGCCUACAAAAUGCUACAUCAGCGUCUUCAUCUGUUUUGCAACAAAGGCCGUUUGGUUGGAAUUAGUGAAGGACCUCACAACUGCUGGAUUUUUGAGUGCCCUCAAACGCUUCGUUGCCACGCGCGGCAUACCCCGAUGCAUUUGGUCGGACAAUGCCACCAAUUUUGUGGGCGCAAGGAACGAGUUGGAGGACCUUCGGCGGCUGUUUAUGAGCGAGAAGCAUCGUGAUGCAGUUCAUAAUCAUUGCAUCAACAAUGGCUUCAAUUGGAAGUUUAUCCCGCCUCGCUCACCCCACUUCGGGGGCUUGUGGGAGGCAGCAGUGAAGAUGGCCAAGCAGCAUUUAUAUCGCUCCCUGGGAUCGUCACUCUUUGGUUUUGACGAGCUGCGGACAUUGGUCUGCCAAAUCCAGGCUGUAAUAAAUUCUCGUCCUCUUGUCGCAAUUUCAGAAAACCCUGAAGAUCUUGGCGUCCUUACACCAGGACAUUUUCUAAUUGGUCGUCCGCUGAUGGAGUUUCCCGAGCCAGAUGUUACAAAUCUGAACUUUAACAGACUAGAUUGCUGGCAAAGAGUCGCCUGUGCUCAGCAGAUCUUUUGGAAGCGUUGGAGUGAGGAGUAUUUGACUCUGCUACAACAACGUGCCUAA